ACUCAGUUGAGAUAGUACAUGGAUUCAAUAUACAAACUUAGCAAAACACAAAAAAUUUACGACUGUCAGUUGAAAGAAAGAUUUUCCUCGACUCCCUGGAAACUUACCGUUUUUGUCGACGUCUAUCACAUAGAGAGCCCAGGUCAUGUCUCUUGAUUUUUUUGCAGGUUGUGUUGGAGGAAUGGCCGGAGUGACGGUAGGCCAUCCUCUCGACACUGCCAAGGUCCUUCUACAAACUCAGGAUACAAAGAAUCCUAGAUAUUCUGGCACGAUAGAUUGCCUCCGAUCUCUAUUAGCGAAAGAAGGUAUUAAAGGUAUUUACCGUGGAGUAACGAGUCCUCUGUUAGGAGUGGCUGGAAUUAAUGCCAUAGUAUUUGGUGUUUAUGGAAAUACGCAGAGGAUUUUGAGCAAUCCAGAUUCGUUGAAAAGUCAUGCUAUAGCCGGUGGAGCGGCUGGAUUGUUUCAAAGCUUCAUCUGUAGUCCCAUUGAACUGGCCAAAUCUAGAUUACAGGUUUCUAAUAAUGUUGGCAAAGGUCCUAUUGAAUGUCUGUGUAAAAUAUUCGCCACUGAAGGACUGAAAGGAGUUUUCAAAGGAUUGGGGUUGACCAUAGGAAGGGAAGUACCAUCAUAUUCUGCAUAUUUUUUCACCUACGAACUUUUGACUAGAUCUGACAAUGAUGAGCCAGUUUCUACUGGAAGAAUGUUAAUGGCUGGUGGUUUUGCAGGUGUUGCAUCAUGGCUGAUAACAUACCCCGUCGACUUAAUCAAAUCCAGAAUGCAGGUGGAUGGCAUAACAUCCAAACAGUACACCAGCUCUUACGACUGUUUCAGGAAAACUGUCCAAUCUGGAGGCAUUUCUUGUUUGUUCAAGGGUUUGGCGCCAACUUUGAUUCGUGCUUUCCCUGUGAACGCCGUUACUUUCACCGUCGUGACUUGGACAAUGAGGAUAUUCAACGGAGAAAGUCUCGUGGAAACUGUGGAGAAAACAGAAUCGAUGCUGAAAGAAUGUGCAGAUGUAUUUGGUGAACUAGCAGUUUCGUAAAAUUCACCGCUUGGGUGUCAUCUUCAAGUGAAAUGUGCUUGGGCACUGUUGGUUAACCGCCUGACAAACAUAUAGUAUGAGUUGUGUACAGUGAAAAAAAAAACAUUUAUUAAUUUAAUAUAUUUAUAUACAGUGGCUUGUAAUGGGUCUUUCAUUGAGCGCUUCCUAUUUUUUGAAAUUGAAAUAAAACAAAUGUGUGUGUAAGAUA